ACACUCACACUUCCCGUGUAGUCUUUGUGUUCGGCCUACGGAUCUGUGCUGCUGCAUUUACCGACUAUUUUCCGCUUUACCAGGACUUCAAUCUCCCAGGCUGUAGGAUGUGUGUUGACUGCUCCAUCAGUUUUGUUUGUUCGUCUCUGGAUGCUGAUGGUCUGCAGUAGCGCAAUGACCGACACGUCUACGCGACCCGUACCGAGACACCCACUAAAGUCCUUCCAAUGAUAUGAUAGUAGCCACCUGGAUUGCAUUCUGUGCCACCAGGAGCCUCGUGCGGGUUCUCCGACUCACCGUAGAACAGCUGCAGUCAGUGCAGUUUUGGGCCAGCCUCUCGUCCGGCAGAGCCAUGGGGAACAGCUGCGUGUGCAGGGAGGACAGUGACGUGGAGGAAGGAUCAGCCUCUCGCAGGCAGCUCAGGCGGGUGGAUAACUCUGUGUCUGAUCCACCGGAGGCCAGAGGGAGUCGGCCCAGGGACCCGGUUCGACCACCCAGAAGAGGUCGAGGGCCACACGAGCCACGUCGGAAAAAACAAAACGUGGACGGUUUGGUACUAGACACGCUGGCCGUCAUCAGGACUCUUGUAGACAAUGAUCAAGAGCCGCCAUAUUCCAUGAUCACACUGCACGAGAUGGCAGAGACUGAUGAUGGCUGGUUGGAAGUGGUGCAGUCUUUAGUUAGAGUAAUUCCUCUAGAUGACCCUCUAGGACCAGCCGUAAUAACACUGCUACUGGACGAAUGCCCUUUGCCAACCAAAGAUGCUCUGCAGAAGUUGUCAGACAUGUUGAAUCUGAGUGCUGCUGUGGCGCGUCAGGAUGCCCUCAUACCAGCUAAACACCGCAACACCACAGCAGUCCUGGGCUGUCUGGCUGAGAAACUGGCUGGUCCAGCAAGCAUUGCACUCCUCAGCCCUGGAACUCUGGAGUACUUGCUUGAGAGUUUGAGUUCUGAAGCCCACCCCACUGUUAUGCUGUUUGCUCUUAUUGCUUUAGAGAAGUUCUCACAAACCAGUGAGAACAAGUUAACGGUGUCAGAGUCAUGUAUCAGUGACCGUUUGUCUGUUCUGGAAUCCUGGGCAGAUAACUUAGAUUACCUAAAGCGCCAAGUGGGCUUCUGCGCUCAGUGGAGUCUUGAUAACCUCUUCAUUAAAGAGGGGCGCCAGUUUACCUAUGAGAAAGUCAACUUAAGCAACAUCAACGCCAUGCUGAACAGUAAUGACGUCAGUGAAUAUCUCAAGAUCUCUCCUACUGGACUGGAGGCCCGUUGUGACGCAUCAUCAUUUGAGAGCGUCCGCUGCACGUUCUGUGUGGAUUCGGGGGUUUGGUACUAUGAGGUCACGGUUAUCACCUCUGGCGUCAUGCAAAUUGGCUGGGCAACCAAGGACAGCAAGUUUCUCAACCAUGAGGGUUAUGGGAUUGGAGAUGAUGAGUACUCGUGUGCGUAUGACGGCUGCAGGCAGCUGAUCUGGUACAACGCUCGCAGUAAACCUCACUCCCACCCCUGCUGGAAAGAAGGUGAUGCCAUAGGCUUCCUGCUGGACCUCAGUAAGAAGCAGAUGAUUUUCUACCUUAACGGACACCAGCUGCCUCCUGAGAAGCAGGUGUUCUUCUCUGCCACGUCUGGCUUCUUUGCUGCAGCCAGUUUUAUGUCCUAUCAACAGUGUGAGUUCAACUUCGGAGCCAAACCCUUCCGCCAUCCCCCCUCCAUCAAAUUCAACACCUUUAAUGAGUUUGCCUCGCUCGCAUCAGACGAGAAAAUCAUUCUGCCCAGACACAGACGCCUAGCAUUGCUCAAGCAGGUUAGCAUCAGAGAUAACUGCUGCACCCUCUGCUGCGACCAGAUGGCGGACACUGAACUGAGACCCUGUUCGCACAGUGGGAUUUGUAUGGAGUGUGCCUUACAGCUGGAAACAUGCCCACUGUGUCGUCAAGACAUCAAGACACGAGUCAGACUCAUUUCCCACGUGUCCUGACAUCAGCCCAUCAACCCUAAAUGUGGACUUUCCCCAUCAAGCUUCCAUCCUGUCCAGUCCCUUCAGUCCGAGAGAUCGACCUGACCAAUCGAAACCAAGAUGCUGUCUCAGGAUUGGACGCAACAGCGCUGGCCUUUGACGGAUGGAGUAGAUCCUCCUUUAAACUGGAGGGAAGAAGAGAGAAUAAAAUAUUGACUGGUAGAGAAAACUACUAUUGCACUCCAAGAAGGCCCCUAUCAAUAGAGGGCUAUUCAGAAGCUGGAAAGUUUAAAGGCUGCUGAGAAUUUAAAUCUGCAUUUCCAGGAAAAGCUUAAAUAUGGAACAAAUGCAUCCAUUACAUGCUGUUCUGUCUUUGAGUCUCUUCCCCCUCAAGCUCUGGUCAGGGUCUACUACUGUGUGUCUCUGUUCAGAUGUUUAAUAUAUAUAUAUACAUAUAUAUGUGACCUCUCUCUCUCUCUUUUUUUUUAAAUCUCAACAGGAAACAGCAACAGUGUCUUAACCACUUUGUUUCCUCAUGCCUGCCUCAGAAAACCCAUUAUUUUUUGCUCUCUCAGACUUGAUUGUACUUGAAUCUGUUCUGGGUUGAUUGCCCCACAUUCUCAAUAUGGAUGCGGAAUGUCUUGGUGAGUCAAGACACAGUGAUUUCUUUUUUUUAAAUAGUAUUUUAUAUUGACAUAUGAUGCAAAGUUAAUUUAGAAAUAAAUUAAGCCAAAUUGGAACGUUUAGAUUGAGUAUUAAUGAGUGAAUAUUGAUUCCAUCAGUCUCGAAAGGCGAUUUUUAAUGAGAGGAAAUUUCAGAAGAUUUCCGCAAUGGUUAAUGCACAUAUCAGUGUCCUUAUGCUGCUGAUGCUUAAUGUGAACUUUCUAAAGCAGAUACAAGACUGAAAUCUCCAGCGCUCCCAAAGAUAAGAGAGUGUGAUUGAAUUAAGAAUCUUUCAUUUUCUGAUUUGUGUUGUUUGUAAUAAAUGUCUGUUUAUGUGUUGCUUAUUGUACA